AUGAACAACACUACUGCUGCUGCUGCUGUUGUCGCUGCUCCAACUGAUUUAUUGAAUCUAAUUUACAUUCACAUUUAUCUUUACGCUGUUUCUUUUGAAUGUAUUUUUGGUAUGAUAGGAAACACUUUAAAUAUUAUUAUAUUUACACGUCCUCUACUUCGUUCAAAUAGUUGUGCACACUAUUUUCUUGUUGCAUCAUGUGAUAAUUUACUUACAAUCUUUCUAUACUUUAUACCAGAUUUACUUUCAAAAGUUUAUGGAAUUGAUGCAACCAAUUAUUCCACUAUCCUAUGUAAAUUAAGAGAUUAUUCGAAUAAUUUAUUUCUUGAUUUUUCAUCCUACUGUCUGGUCUUGGCAGCAGUUGAUCGGUGGUGUGCUAGUUCACGCAAGCCAAAGCAACGUGAAUUUUGUCAGGUGAAAAUAGCUAGACGAAUGAUUGUGGGACUUAUUGUUCUAUUGGUAUUAGCCUAUUUGCACAUGCCGUUCUUCCAUACAGUUGAUCAAAGUUUAAAACUGUGUAUAAUAAGUGACACGGUUUAUCUACGUUUCUUUACUAUUUUUUCUACAACUGUGUUUACAGUGAUGCCACCAGUUUUUAUGGCAACCUUUGGUGUUCUUACAAUUUGGAAUGUAAGACACAGUCGUCGUACAGCUGGUUUUGCUGCUGCUACAUCUGGUAGUCGAAGAGGAGAUGCGGUUAUUCUGAAACUCACUCAAGUUGGACGAGGAGGAGUAACACUUGGUGGUGGCCAAACCGAUAGCACUGUAAUUGGAGGGAGUAAUAGUAGUAGUGUGGCGGUGGUGCAACAACAUCAGCAAAAAAGACGUAGUGAGCGACAAUUAUUAAAAAUGUUACUGUAUCAAAUUUUAACCUAUUUUGCGCUCGUCUGUCCGGCUGCCGUUACCUUUGUUAUGUCCGGUUUUCUAACACAGCCAACAAAGAUCUUUUUAUUUCUAUUAGAGCUUGCUCUUCUACCAUUUUUUCUUAAUUACUGUAUUGGGUUUUAUGUCUAUAUCCUGAGUGCAAGUCUGUACCGACAAGAGCUGGUGAAAAUAUUAAAAUUAGUUAAAUGGUGGCAACGAAGAAGAACUCAUUAA